GGGGCUUCCUGUGAGAGGAAGUGCUCUGGGGUUACAGGGCCGGCACAGGAAGGUCUGGGAGCUUGCCCUGAACUUCUUCACCAGGAGGGCGGUGGAUACCUGGGGCUGUGCCCACAGACACGCACCCCCUUCCGCCUUCCCAGGGACUGGCGCCAUAGAGGAAACCGAUGGGGACUGCUCAGAAGCCCCUUCUUCCUGCCGCUCUCCCUCAAGCAGUGGAAGGGACUCCCUCUUGGUCCAUUCUGGCAUGAGGCUUAUUUGGGGUCACUAACCUGACCACAUGUUUGGCAGUGGAUGAGGGCAGGCAGGGGCUCAGGCGGCCUAGGCUGUGGGCACCCCCCACGGCCCCCAGGGAGUGGGUAGUUUGGCGGGGCACCAGGCACCGAGGGCCAACCUUGGUACACCACUCCCUGUCUCAUCAGAUGGGCAGCGGGAGGCUUUGGAGGCUGCGCCGGGGCUCUGAGCUGCUCUAGGUUUGCAGACCGGCUGGGCGUGGGUCACAGACAUGGCCCAGCCGCUGAACUUUGUCCUCAAUGUUCCCGAGACCCCAGAGGAGCACAGCCAGGAGCCCAGCCCCUAUGAUGAGAAUGAAGUCCAUGACUCCUUCCACCAGCUCAUCCAGGAGCAGAGCCAGUGGGUGGCUGAGGAGGGUCUGGAGCUGCAGCAGAGGGAGCCGGGGGCUGGAGGCCCGAAGACCUCAGGCUGUGGCCAGCACGCCCUGCCGGGGCCCGAGGAUGCGCUUGCGCACAGCGCAGCCACGCUCCGCGUCUUGGCCAGCAUGCCCAGUCGCACUAUCGGCCGGAGCCGCGGUGCUGUCAUCUGCCAGUACUACAACCGCUCGGUGCGGCUGCGGCGCAGGGUCAGCCGGCCGGAGCUCAAGGGCGUGGGGCGCUCGGCGCGGCCCAGCCUCCGCCUCUACGACCUGGAGCUGGACCCCGCGGCCCUGCAGGAGGAGGAGAAGCGCUUCCUCCUGGUGAAGGAGCUGGAGGGCCUGCCGGUGGCCCAGCGGAACCACAUGCUCCGGGGAAUGCCCUUGGGCCUGGCCGAGAAACGCUGCCUGCGAGAGGAGACCCAGACCCCGAAGGAGAAGCAGAGGGGCCGGCAGGGCCCGCAUGGGCUCUUCCCCUGCUGUGGCCGGCUCCGAGAUGCCUGCGUCCUGGCCCUGCACAACCUGGGGCUCGGGCUGCUCGGGGGUCUGCACGCCCUGAGGCCGUGGCACUACGCCCUGAAGCAGAUUGGAGGCCAGUUCGGCUCCAGCGUGCUCUCCUACUUCCUCUUCCUCAAGACCCUGCUGGCCUUCAACGCCCUCCUGCUGCUGCCGCUGCUGGCCUUCAUCGUGGGCGUGCAGGCGGCCUUCCCGCCGCCAGCGCCCCCGGGCUCUGUCCCCAGCUUCACGGGCCUGGAGCUGCUCACCGGCGGGGGCCGCUUCACCCACACUGUCCUGUAUUACGGCUACUACAGUAACAGCACAGUGAGCCAGCCGUGUGUGCCCCCCUCGGGGGGUGGUCAGUGCAGCCGCGAGGCCGACAGCCUGCCCUACAGCAUGCCCUUGGCCUACCUCUUCACUGUGGGCCUAGCCUUCUUUAUCACCUGCAUCACCCUGGUGUACAGCAUGUCCCACUCUUUCGGGGAGAGUUACCGGGUGGGCAGCACCUCAGGGGUUCAUGCCGUCACCGUUUUCUGCUCCUGGGACCACAAGGUGACCCAGAGACGGGCCUCCCGCCUCCAGCAUGACAACAUCCGAACCCAUCUGAAGGAGCUGUUAGCCGAGUGGCAGCGACGGCGGGGCUCCCAGAGCGCGUGCGGGCGGCUGAGGCGGGUGGCCGUGCGGGGGCUCGUGUGGCUGCUGUCCCUGGGGACCACGCUGGGCUGCACCGUGGCCGUCUACGCCUUCUCCGAGCUCAUGAUCAAGAGCCCGGUGUCUGUUGAGCAGGAGGGGGCGCUGCUGGCCCUGCCCGUGGUGGUCUGCCUCCUCAACCUGGGGGCCCCCUACCUGUUCCGCUGCCUGGCGGCCCUGGAGCGGCACGACUCGCCGGUGCUGGAGGUGUACGUGGCCGUCUGCAGGAACCUCAUCCUCAAGAUGGUCAUCCUGGGCAUUCUUUGCUACCACUGGCUGGGCCGCAGGGUGGGCACCCUGAAGGACCAGUGCUGGGAGAACUUUGUGGGCCAGGAGCUGUAUCGGCUCAUGGUGCUGGACUUCAUCUUCGUGCUGCUGGACACGCUGUUCGGGGAGCUGGUGUGGAGGCUCAUCUCUGAGAAGCAGCUUAAGAGGAGGGAGAAACCGGAGUUCGACAUUGCCGGGAACGUUCUGGAGCUGAUUUAUGGGCAGACCCUGACCUGGCUGGGGGUCCUCUUCUCUCCUCUCCUCCCUGCCAUCCAGAUCGUCAAGCUGCUGCUCAUCUUCUAUGUCAAGAAGACCAGCCUGAGGGCCAACUGCCAGGCGCCCCGCCGGCCCUGGCUGGCUUCGCACAUGAGCACCGUCUUCAUCUCCUUGCUCUGCUUCCCCUCCUUCCUGGGAGCCGCUGUCUUCCUCUGCUUCGCUGUGUGGCGGGUGAAGCCCUCGAGCACCUGCGGCCCGUUCCGGAGCCUGAACAGCAUGUACGAGGCGGGCAAGGUGUGGGUGCGCCAUCUGGAGGAGGCGGGCCCCAGGGUCUCCUGGCUACCUUGGGUCCACCGGUACCUGGUGGAGAACACCUUCCCCGUCUACCUGGUGUCGGCCCUGCUGCUGGCAGUGAUCUACCUCCACAUCCAGGUGGUGAAGGGCCAGCGGAGGGUCAUCUGCCUCCUCAAGGAGCAGAUCAGCAACGAGGGGGAAGACAAAGUCUUUUUGAUCAACAAGCUUCACUCCGUCUAUGAGAGGAAAGAGAGGAGCAGGGCUGGUAGAACCCAGGAGGCUGAGAGGCUCACGGAUGAUCCGGACGCCUGGUAGGACAGCGACAGGCCUUGCAGCUCUGCGUCUGCUCACAGGUGCGCCCUGUGCUGGGGUCGUUCUCUGUUUCCGCGGCCCCGUGGGCACUGACGCCCGCCCGGACUCUGCAGCCCAUGAGGGCUGGAACUGGAGGGUGGGCGAGUGGGGGGGCACACCCAGUGGACUGUAUCCUGCUUGGGACUCUAUUUAUUCUGAUAAAACAUGUUUUGCAAAAUGA